AGAGCGCCAUCUAGUGGCCGAUCUGCACAGUUUCAGUAACUGACGCAUCUGACAGCGUUUGACACCGCAUCACCGGCUCGUCUACGUCAGAGUCGCUCUGCACAACAAACAGCCGCGUCUCCGGUUUCCUCCAGGUGGACCAGUGCGCCCAUCUCACAGGUAAAGGCUGAGCCACCAUGGGGAAGGAGAAGCUCCAUAUCAACAUUGUGGUCAUAGGACAUGUGGACUCGGGCAAGUCCACCACCACCGGCCACCUCAUCUACAAGUGUGGAGGCAUUGACAAACGAACGAUUGAGAAAUUUGAGAAGGAGGCUGCAGAGAUGGGAAAAGGCUCGUUUAAAUAUGCCUGGGUUUUGGACAAGCUGAAGGCUGAACGCGAGCGUGGAAUCACCAUCGACAUCUCUCUCUGGAAGUUUGAGACCAGUAAAUACUACGUCACCAUCAUUGAUGCCCCAGGACACAGGGACUUCAUCAAGAACAUGAUCACUGGGACUUCUCAGGCCGAUUGCGCCGUUUUGAUCGUGGCUGCUGGUGUUGGCGAGUUUGAAGCUGGCAUCUCUAAGAAUGGGCAAACCCGUGAACACGCCCUGCUCGCCUACACACUGGGGGUGAAGCAGCUCAUUGUUGGCGUCAACAAGAUGGACUCCACUGAGCCGAACUACAGCCAGAAACGCUACGAGGAGAUCGUGAAAGAAGUCAGCACUUACAUCAAGAAGAUUGGCUACAACCCAGACACUGUGGCCUUCGUCCCCAUUUCUGGCUGGAAUGGAGACAACAUGUUGGAACCAAGCCCUAAUAUGACCUGGUUUAAGGGCUGGAAGAUCAACCGUAAAGAUGGGAGUUCCUCCGGCACCACACUGCUGGAGGCUCUGGAUGCCAUUCAGCCUCCCACUAGGCCCACCGACAAGCCUCUUCGCCUGCCUCUGCAGGAUGUUUACAAGAUUGGAGGUAUUGGGACCGUUCCAGUGGGUCGGGUAGAGACAGGAGUCCUAAAACCUGGCAUGGUGGUGACCUUUGCUCCUGUCAACGUGACCACUGAGGUCAAGUCAGUGGAGAUGCAUCACGAGGCCCUGAGUGAGGCACUGCCUGGGGACAACGUGGGUUUUAAUGUUAAGAACGUAUCUGUGAAGGAUAUUCGCCGUGGCAAUGUGGCUGGAGACAGCAGGAAUGACCCCCCACAAGAGGCUGCUGGCUUCACCUCCCAGGUGAUUAUCCUGAACCACCCGGGUCAGAUCAGUGCUGGCUACGCCCCGGUGCUCGACUGCCACACUGCACAUAUUGCCUGCAAGUUUGCAGAGCUCAAAGAAAAGAUCGACCGGCGCUCUGGAAAGAAGCUCGAGGACAAUCCCAAGUCCCUGAAAUCUGGAGAUGCUGCCAUUGUGGAUAUGAUUCCCGGCAAGCCGAUGUGUGUGGAGAGCUUCUCCGAGUACCCGCCUCUGGGGCGUUUCGCCGUGCGUGACAUGCGCCAGACAGUGGCAGUGGGAGUGAUUAAAGGGGUGGAAAAGAAAGCCCCCACCAGUGGUAAGGUCACUAAAUCUGCACAGAAGGCACAGAAGGCCAAAUGAACGUUGUGCUGGGCUGCUGCCCCGAACGUUCAGCGUGGCCGAAGACACGAUCACACCACACCCCUCCUGCGCACCAUAGUCAGCAUCUGGUCUGUUAUCACAAUGCAUCGCAAAAGCAGGCGGAGAAAAACAUAACCUAGCUCCACAGUUUGUGAUGAACGUCUUACCUGGUGGUUCCGCUUGUGGUGAAACUUCUCAGCAGCUCAUUGAUGUGGCCUAAUCCUGCAGUUAGUGACGCUGUGGGUGUUUGUUCAAGUGACGCUUUUUGUUCCAGCUUGGAAACCCUUAAACUCACUCUCUGACGCCGACCGGCUGCCUGCAUGUUUGCUGUGAACAACUUAGAGAAAACUAGCAUUAGCAGCGUUGUGAUCAAUUUAGCUCUUCUCACCUCGCUGCUGGACUUGAGCUUCCUCCCAGUGGCUCUGAUAAACGUCACUGUAACCUCGAUGCACCUUAAACGCUGUCAUCUGUGAGCAUACCUUCAUAAAACAUGUUGAAACAGUU